CGCACACGGUGCAGGGAGGCAGGACGCAGCAUCAGCACAGCAUCUUUUCCGCGCGCCGCGCGCCACGUCGCCUACAAAGGACGAAACACAUGAGUUCAAGAAAAAGUCACUGUUACGCUUCGUUUCUCCUGCCCGUGGUACUUCUACUUCACCCGCGCCAGGACUCCCUCUUGUGAACUUGGUCCUGGAAUUUCGCCGAUCGCAUGCAGGUGCCCCCUUAUCUAAACGCCGUGAAGCAUGCCCGUUACAUGCUGAUGGAUUGUACUGCGCACCUUCAAGGGUCCCCUGGAAAUAUGCCGAGGUGAAAAGAAAAACGAAAGAGAUAUAUAUCGCCACUUGGGAUGACAGCUUGUAUUUCACUUUCAAGUCAGGUUACGCGCGGGUGUGCGUCUUUUUUCCGCUAAAAGUCAGUUUUCUUGCGAUGUCCGUCUUUCUAUGCGCCGCGGCAACCAACACAACUUCACCGUCCGACCAGGGGAUUUUGCAAAAAGAAAUUCUUACCAAUCGGAGACGAAACAGCGUGCAGAAACAGGUCCAGUCCAGAGUGCAGGGAGAAUGAAGAGCCGUGGGGGCGGGGGGAAGCAGCAUGCGCGGCCCGCGGAUCUCCGUUAGACUGUCGGGUCUCAUGUCUCCAUGGAGGUGGUUCACAUGCAAAGGUCUGCUCCGGAGCUGGGUGGUGCUGGUGGUGCUGCUGCUUGAGCUGGGGGCGCCGGUGGUGGUGGCCGCGGCGGCUGAAUCCGCCGCCACCCCCACGGGCCCCGCCGGCUCGGGAGGGCCCCUGAGCUGGCUGCUCUCCGACAAGGGCCCCUUCCACCACUCCCAGGAGUUUGUGGAUUUCACGGAACGGUACCAGCAGGGAUUCACCACCAAGUACAAGAUAUACAGGGAGUUUGGUCGCUGGAAGGUGAACAGUUUAGCCUUGGAGAGACAGGAGAAUAAUGGGCUCCCCCUACCUCUGGACCCCGAGUUCCUGCACACUAUCAGGCAGCUGGGCAGGAGACCCAGCCUUGGCUCCAUCACCGACGCCAUCAUCAGGAAGUACGGGACGCACUUCCUGCUCUCCGCCACCUUGGGAGGGGAAGAGUCGCUCAUGAUCUUCGUGGACAAGCGCAGGCUGAGCAAGACGGCGGAGGCGACUGAGGCCAACGGCACGGCGGUGACCCUGGAGGCCCUGCACCAGCUGGCCGCCUCCUACUUCAUCGACAGAGAGAGCACCCUGCGCAAGCUGCACCACAUCCAGAUCGCCUCCACCGCCAUCAAGGUUACUGAAACAAGGACGGGGCCUCUCGGAUGCAGUAACUAUGACAACCUCGACUCUGUCAGUUCCGUUCUGGUUCAGAGCCCUGAAAACAAGAUUCAUUUGCAAGGCCUGCAGGCCAUACUGCCAGAGCACCUGCGGGCACGCUUCGUGCAGGCUGCGCUCAGCUACAUCGGCUGCAACGAGGAGGGCCAGCUUGUGUGUCGGGAGAGGGACUGCUGGUGCGAGUGCAGUGCCGAGUACCCCAGGUGUAACUGCCCUGAGGUGGACCUCAGAGCCAUGGAAGCCGGCCUGCUGCACCUCAGAGACUCCUGGACCUUGGCCAACCAGGACUUUGAGGAGUCGGACGAGUUCCAGAACUUUGUCCGGAAGCUGCCCACCUUCUACGCCUUGAACACCUCUGCCAUCCAGUACUUGUGGAGGAUGGAGCCAGCCAUACACCAGCGCUACAAGCAGCUGGAGCUCAGCACCCAGCAGUUCCUGGGCAAAGCCCGGCGCAUCGUCAAGAAACUCUUUGUGCUCAGCAAGAGGUGUCGAACGCAGCCAAAAAUUAUUACGCUGAGGGAGAGGCCCUUCAGCUACUGGCUGGGCUACAUCCUCUCCAUCCUGUACUGCAGCGAGAACAGCCACCUGGGCUCCUACCUGGAGGAGACCCGCAGCUGUGCCUGCCCCUACGAGCACCCGUCCUGCCAGGGCCUCAUCCCCUGCGCGGUGGGCGAGGGCGCCGGCUGCGCCUCCUGCUCCUACGAGAACCGCUCGCGCUGCGCCGCCUGCAACCCGGGCUUCAUGCUGAGCCAGGGCCUGUGCCGCAACGAGGCGCCCGACUCCACGGACCACUACAUCGGCUUCGAGACGGACCUGCAGGACGCAGAGCUGCGCUACCUGCUGGGGCGCCGCGACAGCCGCAUCGGCGUGCACGGCAUCUUCGUCAGCAACGACGUGCGGCUCAACAGCUGGUUCGACCCGUCGUGGCGCAAGAGGAUGCUGCUGACGCUCAAGAGCAACAAGUACAAGUCCAACCACGUGCACAUGCUGCUGGGCAUGUCCCUGCAGGUGUGCCUCACCAAGAACAGCACCCUUGAGCCCCUGCUGUCCGUGUACAUCAAUCCCUUCGGCGGGAGCCACUCGGAGAGUUGGAUCAUGCCCAUCGACCAGAACAGCUACCCGGACUGGGAGAGGACUAGACUCGAGGGCCCGUUGGACUGCUACAACUGGACUUUAACGCUGGGGAACAAGUGGAAGACCUUUUUCGAGACGGUGCACUUUUACCUGAGGAGCCGGAUCAAGGCGCCGGCCGCCAGCGGGAACGGCUCCGUCUACUAUGAGCCCCUGGACUUCCUAGAGCCGGGAAGCAACUUUGGCUACAUGAAGAUCAACAGCAUCCAGGUGUACGGCUACAGCAUGCACUUUGACCCCGACGCCAUCCAGGACCUGAUCCUGCAGCUGGACUACCCGUACACUCAGGGAUCACAGGACUCGGCGCUGCUGCAGCUGGUGGAGAUCCGAGACCGGGUCAACAGACUGUCCCCGCCGGGGCCCCAGAUCCUGGACCUGUUCUCUUGCCUGCUAAGACAUCGGCUCAAGCUGUCCACCGCAGAUGUGAUGAGGAUCCAGGCAGCGCUGCAGACGUUCAGCGCAAAGCAGCCCAACACGAGGGAAUACGAAACAACCAAAUUAUGUAGUUAAAGACAGUUGGGUGUAAGGGAGACAUGGUUUGGGUUGCCAGUCGCACAGAUGGCUGUGCAGUUCUCAACGCAAUCCAACAAUAAUGCAAAGAGGGGACAUUUGGUGAUUUGAACUCAUUUCCGUUGCAAAAUCGCAGCAGUGCGAUUUGGGAUUGUUAUGUCAUGGCUCAUGAGAAUUUGUACAACCAUGUAGUGUUAAAGGAGGACUUCCACCACAUCCAGAUCACCUGUUUUUCUCUUCAUGAUAAAAUAAAAUAACUUGACAGUUACAAAGCUCGACCUUAUCAACUUUAUCGUCACUUACAAUGUUGCCUAUGUGCUCAAGUUUGUAGAAAAUGCACAACAUUUUUAACCAGUUACCAAUGUAAAAUAAAGCUUUUGCUGUUAAAUAUUAUCCAAGCAAUGUGUUAAAUUCCCUCUAUACAUAUUUUAAACCAGCAUGUUUAUAUCUUCAUUUUAUAUGUGUUUUUUUUCUUUUUUAAAUGAUCAUAUUCAUAAU